CUGGUUGCAUUGGUGAUGGGAAGGAGUGGGGUGAGGGAGGGGCCCCAGGAGAGGCCCCGGAUGAGCUUCAUCUUGUCCCUCCCCAUUCUUGCCUUGCCCUCUGCAAAUGUGACAGGCACAGGACAGGAGUAGGCACCUCGCCCACUACUGCUUAACCUUUCAGCUUCCCAGGGCCCCAAUCUUGCUUGCUCCCAGCUUGGCCCAGAAGGAUGUCUGUCUGCUACCGUCCCCCAGGGAAUGAGACACUGCUGAGCUGGAAGGCUUCGCGGGCCACAGGCACAGCCUUCUUGCUGCUGGCGGCGCUGCUGGGGCUGCCCGGCAACGGCUUCGUGGUGUGGAGCUUGGCUGGCUGGCGCCCAGCACGGGGGCGACCGCUGGCGGCCACGCUUGUGCUGCACCUGGCACUGGCAGACGGCGCGGUGCUGCUGCUCACGCCGCUCUUCGUGGCCUUCCUGACCGGGCAGGCCUGGCCGCUGGGCCAGGCGGGCUGCAAGGCGGUGUACUACGUGUGCGCGCUCAGCAUGUACGCCAGCGUGCUGCUCACCGGCCUGCUCAGCCUGCAGCGCUGCCUCGCUGUCACCCGCCCCUUCCUGGCGCCCAGGCUGCGCAGCCCGGCCCUGGCCCGCCGCCUGCUGCUGGCCGUCUGGCUGGCCGCCCUGUUGCUCGCCGUCCCAGCCGCCGUCUACCGCCACCUGUGGAGGGACCGCGUGUGCCAGCUGUGCCACCCGUCGCCGGCCCACGCCGCCGCCCACCUGAGCCUGGAGACUCUGACCGCCUUCGUGCUUCCUUUCGGGCUGAUGCUCGGCUGCUACAGCGUGACGCUGGCUCGGCUGCGGGGCGCCCGCUGGGGCUCCGGGCGGCACGGGGCGCGGGUGGGCCGGCUGGUAAGCACCAUCGUGCUUGCCUUCGGCUUGCUCUGGGCCCCCUACCACGCGGUCAACCUCCUGCAGGCGGUCGCCGCGCUGGCUCCACCCGAAGGGGCCUUGGCGAAGCUGGGCGGGGCCGGCCAGGCUGCGCGAGCGGGAACUACGGCCUUGGCCUUCUUCAGCUCCAGCGUCAACCCGGUGCUCUACGUCUUCACCGCUGGGGAUCUGCUGCCCCGGGCAGGUCCCCGUUUCCUUACGCGGCUCUUCGAAGGCUCCGGGGAGGCCCGAGGGGGCGGCCGCUCUAGGGAGGGGACCAUGGAACUCCGAACUACUCCUCAGCUAAAAGUGGUGGGGCAGGGCCGAGGCAAUGGAGACCCCGGGGGUGGGAUGGAGAAGGACAGUCUGGAAUGGGACCCUUGACCCCAAACCCUACAACCUGCUGCCCUUGCCUGUCCCUUUCCAUCCCCCCACCCUCCGGAGCUCAGUGUUCUGGAACGUUUGGGGACCCUUUGACUGGAGUUUGGAUCUGGCUGGGUAGGAUUACUAUACACCUGGGGCAGGCUCAGUUUCCUCCAAACUGAGGGAUUAUGAGUGUGGUGAUGGUCUCUGUUAAGGACUAUUUCGUGCUUGCAGUUUGGCAUGUACCCAUGUGCCAGCACUGCUUACUUGUUGCCAAUAGCUGUUAUUGUGAAAUACACUGGGAAGCCAUUAGGUGGUGA